GUCAACCUCAACCUAAAGUUUGAAGUUUCAAGUUUCAACUCUAAAGUCUAAACUCGCAAAGCUAUAAAAAUCAAAAUACUAGUUAAUAAUUCAUUUUAAAGUGUUACAUAGCUACUUUGUAUAUUUUUAUAGCUCUAAACGCAAGCAAAAAGUGGGAAAACAAAACAAUUUUUUUACUUAAUCCAUCUGACUCCAUACUGUUAUGAGAAUGGCCAAAUACUUUUUACUGUUAUUACAAUUACUUUGCCUUGCCUUGGCCCUACCUGUCGAAGAGAACACGACACAAAAGCAAAAUGCUAAUAUAACAAACGAGUUGGUAAGUUUAGCUAAGAGUUGCGAAAACUCAUUCUUGGCCGAAUUAAUUAAAAGUCAGUUGGAAUACUGCAAUACCACGCCAGUAGGUAGUCAUGUAAAUCUGGAUUGUUUAAUAUUUUAUGAGAUAAACAGUCAAUUAUGUUCAGCAUUUGGUAGAUCAGAAAUAGAUCUAAAAUUAAAUUACACAAACAAAAUGAAUCUUACUUACAAUGCACUAACAUUAUGUGAUGAUGCAAAAGAAUGGAAAUCUGUUACGCCACAAUACAAAGCUAUUUUAGACAAAUUAUUCAAAACAAAAGUAGUUUGUGUUAGAGUAUGUAGUACUUAUGAUACAUUUAGUGAAGAUUCAAACUUUUUCUGUAAAUAUUUCAAAUGGGGUACGGAUUUGCUAACGCUACAAAAAAAGACUAUAGCAGAAGUUGUUAGUACCAACAAACCCCCUAACCUAGAUGUUUUGCCUGAAACAAAGUCUGAAGAAGCUAUAACAACAAAUAAUGCUCCUAUUUCACAAAAUUUAAAUAAUGAGUCAAAACAACAUAAGGAGUUGUCUGAUCAAUCUACUAAACAGGAAAUUUCUAUCAAAACUGAUGAAAUAAAGCAAGAUACAACUAAAAAGAGUCAACCAGUAGCUGAUAUAUCAUCAACAAAAGUGGAGGAAAAGGAGCCAAAUAAGGAAAAUGAUAUACCACAAUCAAACUUAAUAUCUAACAAAAAACCUACAAACAUAGAAGAAGCAUUAAAAGUUGAUGUAGAUAAGGAAAUUAAAGAUAUUGAGAAAGAAAAUGAUUUUAAACCAGUGGUUGAUAAUCCAAAAGCUAAUCUUGAACAAGAUUUGGAUGAUACAAACAAUGAUUUUGGAAAUGAUCUUGAUUCAGAUGACGAACCACUAUCAGAUGCAGACAAUAUUAAUGACGGCAAUGAACUGGAGCCAAAAAUUGAAAAACCCUUAAAUGAGAAUUCUAGUUUUAAUAAAUUACCACACACAUCAUUUAUGGAUAUCCCUCAAAGAGAAGUGUAUCCAAAUGCAAUACAAGACACUAUUUCGGAGGAAGAAGACCACUUCUUUCCAUUUUUCCUGACAAGCAUUGUUUUUGUGGUUCUGCUUUAUAUUCUAUAUCAUAACAAGAACAAACUUACAAAAUUGAUUUUAGGUCUAAUUGUAGAAGGCCGUCAAACGAAUCGCAGAAGAAAUAGCCGAGGUCAUGCAUAUAGACGACUAGACACUCUUGAGCAAGCAAUGAGUGCCAAUAGUACAGCGCCACCAAGUAAAAUUAUAUACUAAACAUAAAAUAGGUAUAAUACAGAACAUGAAAUUCGAGUGCUUAUAGGCCAAACAUUUUU